CCGCAACAAGGCAGUUGUCUAGAGUCUCCACGACUGAGUUGGGCAAGCUUCCGCACUCCUACUUGCUCACAGCACGCACAUUUGUGGGAAUUCCAGCAGUUUUUCGCAUCUCCUCCCAAAACAAGUUAUUGCCUCGGGAGAAACUGGGAGUUGUAGUUCUCUUUACAAGUUUUCUUCACUUGCUGUCUACGUAAAGCUUUAGAGGCCCAGACUACAACUCCCGUCAGGCACUGUGGCAGACUCUUGAUAAACAAGGCACUUCAUCUCGCUCCCUGGUUGGUAGGCCGAGACCACUCCUUCUGCCCCCUCUCAUUGGUUACUGUACACGUCGGCUGCUUGCUUUAGCUUGAUCUCCGCCCCUUUUUCUUAUUUCUCGCAUACGAUUGGUUACUGUAAGUGUUGCUCAAGCGUCUUCCCCCCUGUCAAGAUGCUCCGCCUUCGGGGUCUUCUGAUUGGCUGCCAACUCUGUCACUGGGCUAGUUGUGGGCUGUGAUUGGCUGUCCGUGCCAGCUGUUCCUGCUUCAUUCACCAUUUUGUCUCCUGGAGUAAGGGGCCCGGCAGCAGUGUGUGGGAUGUCCGUGUGUGAGGGCCAGCAGGUGCUGUCUUUCUGAAAGACAAGCUUCAAAAUGAAAUCUGUAAAGAAAGCUACCAGCACCACACACAGUAAAGCUUCAAAUUCUGCUCGCAGCAAGAAACUGAGGAGGAAAAUGGAGGACGGGAGACAGGAGGAGGAAGAGGAGCAAGAAGAGGAAGCUGCAGAGGAAGAAAUGGAAGAGGAGGCAGAUGAAGACUCUGGACAUCCCCUGGCACAUGUGGACACAAAGACUAUACCGGUAAAAAUGGAACCUGCUGAGCAAGAGGUAACAGAAUCUCAGGUGAAAGAUCAGGAACAGGCAACUCAGUCUGCAGAACAAGUGACAGGGAUAGAGGUGGAGGAAGGCUUGCCACGUACAGUAAAAUUAGAAGCCAGCAUGGAGGCAUCCAGCGAUGGCCAAGCUAGCAACAAAGCGCCAUAUGAUCUUGGGCGGUGGGAAAUGCCUUCAAGCCGAAAAACAGCCACUUUCAAAUCCAAGGCCCCAAAAAAGAAAUACAUUGAAGGCCAUGGAUCUCAGGAAGGGCAGGAGGAUUCAUCUAGUAGCAGCGAGGGCCCUGCUACUCUACAGGAUUGCAGUGGGGAACAACCAGUCACCAGCGUCAUUGUAUCAGAGGAAAGGUGCCAUUCAGUCAGGUCCUCCUCCACAGAUACUGCUAGUGAGCACUCUGCAGACUUGGAAGAAGAAGCUGAGAAGACCCGCAUAGAUAUUGCCCCCUCAUCUGGUCACUGUACAGAUCUUGGCUUUCAUCACCUAAGGCAACAAAGGAUUCUGGUUCGGAGGGAGGAAAGUUUCCAGCUCUGCCAGGUGAAGCAAUUUCGCCAGAAUCAGGUUGGUGUUCAGUUCCCAGGGGAGCAGCCUCUUACAUUUGUGGACAUCACGCAGCAUUUAGUCCUUUUAGAUAAGAUCCCUCAGCUAGGUGAGGUGGAGGUGGGAGUGCCAGUGUGUUUCUGCAUGAACCCUGAUGACACAUUGUUCCGGGAGGGCAUUGUGGUUGAGGUUGUUCAGAAUCCACUAUCCUACAAUGUAUGCAUACAGCAGAGCCCUGGUAGGAGGGAACGUGAAUACCGCUUGGUCCCCCACUCCUGCAUUCGACUCUUGCGCUCCCCUUGGUGUAAAGAAUCUGUCCUUGCAACACCACAAAAUGCAGAGGAGAAGAAGCAACAGGCAGCUGGAAGAUUUGCAACAGCUUUGCCCUUAGAUCAGGCAUCGGGUAGCUCCAUGGAGUUGCCUGUCUCACCACGUGGCACAGAGCAGAAACACUUGGAGGAUGCAGAAGUAUCAAAGAUAAGCUUUAGCAUGCCAGAGGAGAAGCUGUCUUCGAUUCAGCAACGAAUUCUUUCCCCACCUAAAUCUCCAGCUUUUGGAAUAAUGCUCGGACGCCUGCCAGAGCAGCCUUCUCCAUUGUUAAGUCCUGAUGCAGGCAGUCGCAGCAGCUGCAGCAGCGUGUCUUUGGAUAAAUGUAGCACUCCGGGGUCCCGUUCACGAACUCCCCUAACUGCUGCACAGCAGAAGUAUAAGAAGGGAGAUGUGGUAUGUACUCCCAAUGGAAUUCGUAAAAAAUUCAAUGGCAAACAAUGGAGAAGGUUGUGCUCAAGGGAUAGCUGCAUGAAGGAAUCUCAGCGUAGAGGCUACUGUUCCCGACAUUUAUCCAUGCGUACCAAGGAGAUGGAGAGUAUGUCUGAGGGCAGAGGAGGCCGGGAGGGAAGUGCUGAGUUUGAGUGGGAUGAUACCUCAAGGGAUAGUGAAGUCAGUAGUAUUCGCACAGACUCAAGGCCACGUCUCGUGGCUCCUACUGACCUCUCAAGAUUUGACUUUGACGAGUGUGAAGCUGCCAAUAUGUUGGUGUCUCUUGGGAGUUCUCGCUCAGGAACCCCUUCUUUUUCUCCUGUUUCAAACCAGUCACCAUUUUCACCAACACCAUCUCCCUCUCCUUCCCCACUCUUUGGUUUCCGACCAGCCAACUUCAGCCCCAUUAACGCUUCACCCGUCAUUCAACGAGCACGGAGCCGGCAUGUGAGCGCCAGCACCCCUAAGGGAGGAACUGUUCUGACUCCAGAAAUGCUGCAUCACUCUCACCAUAGGGAGAGACAGGCUGUGGGUAUCCUCCCUUCAUUCCAAACCAACCUUACUUUCACAGUGCCCAUGAGUCCCAGUAAGAGAAAGCCAGAUUCUCAUCAUGGCAGUGCCAGCUCUGCUGCAGAUUUUCAGAAAAGUGACAGUAUGGAUUCAGGAGUUGACUCAGUAUCUCACACACCUACUCCUUCUACUCCAGCUGGGUUCCGUUCAGUCUCACCAGCUCCCAUAUUUUCCCGCUCUCAACAGGCCUCCCCGUCCCAGCUUCUGUCUCCCCCUGCCGGCCUGACCUCUGAUCCCAGCCCCUCAGUACGCAGGGUACCGGCAGUACAGAGAGAUUCUCCGGUCAUUGUGCGCAACCCAGAUGUGCCUCUCCCAUCUAAGUUUGUUGAAAAGCUGUCAGAUGGAGCCUCCAGGAAUAUUGGGGGGGCAGCGUCAGGUGGCAGCAGCCCACGCCGAUUAAGUAAAGUCUGCAGCAAGGAUCAUCCAUCUAAGACCCAGCUUCAAAUUCCAGUUCCAAUAAAUGCCACACAAAUGCAGAGUGCAGCACGGACUUUACCCCCGGGGCAGCAAAGCUCAGGAGAACCUGCAGCAUGCACCUCAGCUGGAUCCACUGAACAUCCUCCACCUGUCUUCAGCAUUUCUUCACCAUUCCAGCCUGUAGCCUUCCAUCCAUCUCCUGCUGCACUUCUCCCAGUGAUUGUGCCCAGUGACUAUGCCAGCCACCCUGUACCCAAGAAGGAGAUAAUCAUGGGGAGACCAGGCACAGUCUGGACGAAUGUGGAGCCGCGAUCUGUGGCAGUGUUUCCCUGGCACUCGCUGGUCCCUUUUCUGGCUCCAAGUCAACCAGAUUCAUCCGUCCAACCCUCAGAGGGCCAGCAGCCUGUCAAUCAUCCCGGAGCCUCAAAUCAAAGCAAAGAACCCCCAGAAUCUGCAUCAGUUGCACAUGAUGCCAUGCCAGUGGCAAGCAUUGAAGAUGAGCGGUGUGCAGUUCCCCGCACUGAUAAUGUUUCUCAGCCACCUACUGAGGAGCCUGCAAAGCAGUUACAACACCAAGAGAGCAUGACCCAGGGAACAACAGGGGACCAGAGAGGAGACAGUGAAACUGAGAGUGACCAUGAUGAUGCAUUCUUUCCUAUUGGGCCACCAGAUUUGCAGCUGCCUAUGCAUGGUGGGAAACGUCGUACACAGUCUCUAAGUGCACUGCCCAAGGAAAGAGACUCCUCUUCAGAGAAAGAUGGACGAAGCCCCAAUAAACAGAGGGAGAAGGAUCACAUUCGACGCCCAAUGAACGCUUUUAUGAUCUUCAGCAAGCGGCAUAGGGCCCUUGUACAUCAGCGCCACCCAAACCAGGACAACCGCACAGUCAGUAAGAUCCUGGGAGAAUGGUGGUAUGCACUAGGACCGAAGGAAAAGCAGAAGUACCAUGACCUGGCCUUCCAGGUCAAAGAAGCGCACUUUAAGGCCCACCCAGACUGGAAAUGGUGUAAUAAGGACCGUAAGAAGUCCAGCUCUGAUGUAAAACAGGUCAUGCCAGGUCCAUGGGGUGUGCCCAAGGAGAUGAGAGAGAGAAGCAUGUCUGAGACUGGGACCAUGGCAGCUGCUGGAACUGCUGCUGAAGUUCCUCCUUCGGGCCUGCUCUUGGGAACUGAGUCAAAGCUUGGAGCCUCCACCUCAACUCUGGGACCUGGCCUGCCUCCCUCUUCAAGCUCUUCUACUCAGAUAUCCCGGCCACGAGCUUUUUCCCAUAGUGCAGUGCAGAGCAUAGAGCACAGAGAGGACAGCCAAGCUCUGCAGGAGCUCAAACAGAUGUGCUCGAAUCGGUCCCCAUAUCCGGUGCAGAAAGCGGCAUUUGGCGGACCAGAUUCCUCCUCAUUUCCAGUCCCAGCUCACAGUGAGGCCCCCACAUGCCCAGCCUCCCGAGCCUGCUCUUCCCUGCCAGGCUCCUACCACCCCCAACGCACAGCAAGUGAGGACAUGACCAGUGAUGAGGAGAGGAUGGUGAUCUGUGAAGAAGAUGGGGAUGAUGAUGUAAUAGCUGAUGAUGGCUUUGGGUGUCCUGAUAUUGACUUGAAAUGUAAGGAGCGGGUGACCGACAGCGAUAGUGAUGGCAGAUCUGGAGAUGAAGUCGAGGGCAAGGUGCAACCCCAGCGAGUUUUUUCACCAGUCAUUCGAGCAUCUUCCCUGUCAGGGACUUUCCCUGUCUCAAAUGAAGACCUGAAGUCAGAAAGACUACAGAAUAUGGCACAGUCCCCUAAACCCAGUGACCAUCCACAGCCGUCAUACCCCCGUGGAUACCCCCCUUUACCACCUGCCAAACCUCCUCCUCGUCCUACCACACAACACCCAACCAAACGAAACCCAGAAGUACGCUUUACUAUGGUGGACCCUAGUUCCAGCUACAAGCGGAAGCGCAGUGUUGACGGGGGACAGAAAGCUGUAGGGGAGGGGGCUGCACCCACUGGUCAGUACAGCACUCAGUCUGUUAUCUCUAGUGGCCAUUCUCAACCACUGGUUCUGCCUAGUCUGCCGUCUAACCACCCUUCCAGUAGCAUGUAUUCAUCUGCACCAAAGUCCUAUGAAGGACACAGAGGAAUAUCUGACAGCCGCCCUCCUGUUCCCACCGUUGGCACAGUGCUGGUGUCAGGUCCCCAGGGUCAGGGGAUUCUUCCCCCAGGCCUUAGACCAGCAUCCACAGCAGUCACUAAUGUAGUGAGACCUGUUAGCAGCACGCCUGUGCCCAUAGCAAGCAAACCACUGCCUGUCAGUAGAAGCAGCAGUAUCAGCGAUUUGAGCGAGAGCAGAAUACCUGGAUCUCCUGUGGGCAUUGGGGUGCUCUAUGCACAUGACAGAAAGCCAAUGCAGCAGCUGACAUCUCCAGCCAAUUCUCCUCACUCACAAAGCAAGCCAGCUGGUGGAAUAGUAACCAACUUGGUAGUAGGAGCACCAAGCUAUGGGCAGCCAGCACCCACUACUGGCAACGGAACUGUCCCUGCUCCUGUCACAGCCCUACAGUUCAUUACCCAGAAUUCAGCAGGAAAUUCCAACGGAGCAGUGCCUCUACGAAUCCUGCAACCUCAGGAGUUGCUUCCUGCGACAGCCAGCAAGAGAGGAAGCAUCACCCAAGUGCAGUACAUAUUACCCACAAUCCCACAGCAACUGCCAGGGGGCACUGCCGCAAGCAUUCACUUCACCCUUCCACCUGCCAAUGCAAAGAUGAUUGCCACACCUCAGGCCCUUCCAAUUGUCCAGCCUGGUCCUGCUGCAAGCCCCUCCCUGGGCAUUGUGUCAUCUACCGGGAAAGCUCAGUCUGUGUCACCUGCCCCAUCAUCCGGGAGUUCCACACAACUGCUUUCCAGUCCUGGAAUUCUUUCUCCUAAUGCUCAGGUUCAGGGCAAGAUGCUAGUUCCUAUGGCUACACCUCAUGUGACAGUGCGGACUGGCUCUGCUGCACCACUACCACUUGUCACCCCUCCAUUUCCAGUGCAGAAUGGAGCUCAGCCCACCAACAAGAUAAUACAAAUCACUCCAAUGCCAGUGGUACAUUCACCGGCUCCAGCCCAGAGUGCCUUAGUACCCCCAGGCAGUUCACCACUCCACAAUGCCAUCCCUGUCACCAUGGCAACAGCAGCUGUAAUGGCAGCAAGUUCACAACCACAAAAGGUUGUCUUACCAUCAUCUACCAGGAUCACCUAUGUGCCCUCUGCAGGGGUUCCCACUGUCCCUCUGGUGACUAGCAGCUCUCAUUCCCAGACAGCACCCUCAGGCUCUGCCCCUUGUGUGCAAUCUAUGGCCCUUGGAUUCACAGCUAUAGGUCCAAAUGGUCAGACAAUUGUGCAGCCUCUAAUUACAGGUCAGAGUCAGCUUCUUGCCCAGGGACAAGUGGCAGUUUCUCCUGCCUCCACACCUCCUGUGCCGCAAACAUGCAGCGGCCAAGUCCUGACAGCAAUAUAUCCCUCAGUUGGGUCCAACACACUGACUGUACCAGCUCCCCCUGCUGCCCAGAGUGUGGUGUACACUGUAGCCAGCACAAACACUAUUUCUACGGUUCCUGCCACUAUCUUGCCCAAAGCCAUUACCUCCCCCCAGACAAUCAGUUCUCCACCAGCACCAUGUAUAGCAGGAAGCAGCUCUCAGACUACCCCUGCAACAGCUGCCUCUGUCACGUUCAGUCUGGUAACCUCAAAGUCACCACGGAACCUUCCAAAACCUCCUCAGAAAGUCAAAGCUACCAUAGCUAGCAUCCCUGUAGGGUCCUUUGAAGGGACCUCACCUUCCCCGUGUGUGCGCAACACUGCCCGACCCUCUCCUUUACCCCCCUGCGAGGAGACUCCAGAACCAAGGUAUAUUGGGGAGUCUCGUAUGUCAUCAAUUGGACGUGAACCCUCUACUGAGUCCCACUCAGUCAGCCCCUUCCCUCCUGCACACGCCCGAGAAGCAGCGCAGGCAAAACAGAGACUGCCUAUAGCUGAAGAUCGAGCAUCUAGGGAAAUCUGGGUAAAGAACAUGACUGAUGAUAGUUCGGCGUCUCCUCUUCCUGAUGACAGAAGGGAACCUCCUCACUCACCAAGUAUUAAGAAAGAGCCUGGGUGUUCUUCAGAAUUUAAAGUCACUGAGACUCGUUUAGACUCCAAUCCCCCUACAGGACUUCCUGCUCCCUCUUCCCCUGUUACCCUACCCACAACCCAGUCUGGGGAGGCUGCAAAGGCUGGCACAUCUCUCUCUGAGGCUCCAGAAAGGAAGGAUGGGCCUGUGAAGAAAGUGAAAGUGCGCCCUCCACCUCUCAAGAAAACGUUUGACUCUGUGGAUAACAGGGUCCUGUCUGAAGUGGAUUUUGAGGAGCGCUUUGCUGAACUGCCUGAGUUUAAGCCAGAGGAAGUGCUCCCUUCACCAACAUUGCAGUCUCUUGCAACGUCUCCUCGGGCUAUCUUAGGAUCCUACCGUAAAAAGCGCAAGAACUCCACAGAUCUGGACUCUUCAACUGAAGAUCCAGUCUCACCUAAGAGGAAAAUGCGGAGGCGUUCCAGCUGCAGCUCUGAGCCCAACACACCUAAAAGCGCAAAGUGUGAAGGUGACAUCUUUACUUUUGAAAGGACAGGCAAUGAGGCAGAAGACUUACUGGGUGAGAUGGAAUACGAUAAGGCCCCGUACUCUUCGCUGCGCCGAACUCUGGAUCAGAGAAGGGCUUUGGUCAUGCAACUUUUCCAGGAACAUGGUUUCUUCCCAUCCUCUCAGUCCACUGCUGCCUUCCAGUCGCGAUACUCAGACAUCUUUCCCACCAAGGUUUGUUUGCAGCUGAAAAUUCGUGAGGUGAGACAGAAGAUCAUGCAGGCAGCAACGCCAACAGAAUCUCUGUUUGCUGAGCAUCCUUCCCCCAGCACUUCUGAGGCCGGACCCUCUGACAUGCAACCUCCACAGGACCCGGCACUACGAUCAAGUGAGCCCGCUGAAACCGCCUGGGAGGAAGGUCAGGAGCCUCCUGAAACUUCCCGAAGCAGAUGAGUCUGUACAGGAGAGAUCUGAAUGUAUUGCCACUUGCUCAACCCAGAGACUCUGCUGGGGAUCCUCCUUUAGGGUUAUCUGGGCUCAGCAUUAAGGGGUUGCAAACAACGCCUCCCAUAUAAAACUUUGUCCCACAUGCACAGACAAUCCACCCACUCCAGGACAGAUGAUACAGAUUUUGUGGGCAGUCUCAUCCUCUGGAGGCAAUGACACCUAGAAAGUGGCACACAGCCUCUGACAGAUAAUUGGGAAGUGUAUCCUCCAUCAGUCAGAGGCAAAGGCAGUGCAAAUUGUGAGCUAUUGUCCAUUACUGGCACAUGCAGACAGUCACGCACUGUACUGCUAUGCCUUUCUCCCACAUAUACCGAAUGUAGCAGUCCAAAGGCAGAGGAGGCAUUGCAGAAAGUGAGGACAUAGCCCUGGGCUCUGUGCAGCAUCCCCCUGUGCACAACAUGAAAUUAUGGGAAACAUGAUGGGCUGUGUUACAAGGCACAGGCUGUGCUGGUGCGUCAAGCGCAUUGUAAGUGGAGCACACGUGUGGCAGAAUGGAAUUUCAGUGCAUUCACAGUCGUGCAUGAAUCUGGUGCUGUGCUGGCAGAGGAGGAAGAAGGAAACAACUGCAGUAGCGGAGGGCACUAAAUAAGAAGCCGUGCCACGAAAGUUACAGUCUGUGUUCCACAGCUGUGAAUACAAGUGCCGUCAGGGGGGAGGGAGGGAGGGAUUUUUAGCGGUAAAUCAUAUUUUCUUAUGACACUUUAGUUCUAAAAGAAGCAGCUGCACUGUGGAGAGCUGUACAAAUAUAUAAAUAUAUAUAAAUAUAUAUAUAUAGACAUUUUUAUGCAAGAUGAGUGAUGUUUAAAUUCAGUCUGAUCAGAUCACCCAAGGACAUUACAGUUCACAACACACAAAUUAACACCCAUUACAUAUGAACACUGUGUGUAUAUCUUAUACACUUGUGGGAAUAUAUCUGUGGCGCUGGAGAGAGGCCUAUUUUUUCCUGAUAUGUGUCUCCCCAGUUAGGCUGGACGGACAAGCAGGCUUCACACACACUCUCACACACAUACACACUCUUUUUGCACUUCAUGUUUGUGAUGCUUCGCACAUUUACCAUUUCUCUUAAAAUGCAGAUAAGGGUUUUUAGGCUUUUAAUUCUUUUGCUCUCACGAUCAGACAGAGUCGGCUCUAUAUACUGAGGUGCUUACAUUUAUAUGGGGGCAAAGCAUGUGAUAUUUGUGUGCAUCAUGGUAAAAAAAACAACAAUCAGGAAACAUAAGGGACAUGAAGACUUGCAAUUCUCUAGCCUUUACUGAUCUACAAUUCCCAGCCUGGCCUUAAAGCCUGAGGAUGUAGUUUAAAAGCUAGAAAUACAAAGAAUCAAAAAUUGGAUUCAGAAGAUAAAAUAUAAAUCCUUUUUACAGAGCUGAUGAUAACUUUUUAAGCAAAGUGAUUUUGGAGAGUUACAGUUUAACAACAGCUGGAGGGUUGCAGGUUGAAAAUGUCUGAUUUAUGUCAUUUUUUUCCCUCUUGUAUGAGGAUGGGGGGGUCUCAGCCUUUCUGCAUAAUUCCCAGUUAUGUUUUUUUUAUAAUGUGUGCUACCUGUAUGGAAAGGGACGCUGUGCUACAUGCAGAGAGCGUGUAUGGGUUACACUGCAGGUGCUGCUGUACACGAGUGCCAUUGAAAACAGUCUGUAUACAGAGAAGGUACGUGUGCUUUCAUUAUACAGGAGGUUGAAUUUACAGAGACUGGGAGGGUGCAUUUGUCAGUGUACAUUAGUACACAGUGUUAUAUUUAGAAAUGAACUGUACUGCUAAGUACACAGUGUGUAGAUGUCAAUUCCACUCGUGUCCCCCGAUGGGACACACUUAACCAGAAAGGGUGGGGCUGUCAAUCACAUUGCUUAUGAAUUUUUAAUGCUGUAUCUGUGUGCAUUCCUGCCCUCCUUGUCAGUCAAGCAUACUGCAUUAUAUAGUGGCAUUCCCAGACCUGGUGCAAUGCUCACAUUUAGAGCCUCUCUAUUGGAGAACUGCUGCACUAUGAAUCAACCACAUAGGUGCUGAGUGGCAGUAACAGAAAUAGGGUAGCUAUAUAGAGAUUGUGACUCUUUGCUUUGUAUUCUCUUUGCCUCUUUCUUACCUUAUAAGGGUAUUUAGUGCUCGCUACUUAUUUUUAUACCGCUGCUUUGACCAGUGCCAGAGUGUUGGAUGAAUCAGUGAUCCAAGUCUUUUUGGACAAAAGGGCUUAAGUACACGGUGAUAUGCGCAAUUGUACUUCCUGCUUAUAAUGCAGUAUGCUUGCCUAAUACGGGGGGGUUGGACUGCUUCUUAACCUCACAGUGCGAAUCCAGGUGUUUUAAGCCCUUAUGAGUAGGCAACAGGAAUCGUGGCAGCAGCCAUGUUUGCUCUCCUGCCACCGCACAGUGACAAUAGAACAUGGCUACUUCUUGCGCUUAUAUUUUGUUUUGUUCUGAAAGAGGACUGAGACUGAACAGACAUGUUGAUCAUGUGCAAUAUUUCUUACUGUAAUAAAAAUAAAACGAUGGAUCGUUA